ACCUGGCUACAGCACAGUCGGAGCGCGGAGGCGGCGGGCGCGUCUGUCCUUAGGGGUCCUCAUCGCCAUGGGGUCGGGGGCGCCAGCCGGCAGGCGGCGGUGGCUGCUCUUCACGUCGGUGGUCCUGUGCUGUGUGGCCGCGUGCCGGGGGUCUGUGCACACAUCCCAGUCGGAAGUUCGUGUUCCCGAGAACAGUCCUGCCACCCUGUCCUGUUCCUACACCGGCUACGCCUCUCCACGCGUGGAGUGGAAGUACACCCAUGGGGACGUCACCGGCCUCGUCUACUAUAACGGCAAGAUCACAGCUUCUUACGCAGACAGAGUCCACUUCAUGCCCUCGGGCAUCGCCUUCACGAAGGCCACGCGGAAGGACUCGGGCCGGUACACCUGCAUGGUGACCGAUGAGGACGGCAACACGUACGGGGAAGCCAACAUCCAGCUGAUUGUGCUCGUGCCCCCCUCCAAGCCCGUGGCAAACGUGCCUUCCUCUGCCACCAUCGGGAACCGUGCCGUGCUCACCUGCUCGGAGAAGGAGGGGUCCCCCCCGCCCGAGUUCUUCUGGUUCAAGGAUGGGGUCCCCAUCCCCAGCAACCCUAAGGCCAACCGUGCCUUCAGCAACUCCUCCUACACCAUCAAUGAGAAGACGGGGGAGCUGGUCUUCGAGCCCGUGACGGCCUUCGACUCGGGGGACUAUGUGUGCGAGGCUCGGAACGGGGUGGGGCCCCCCGUGCGGUCCGAGAUGGUGCGCAUGGAAGCCGCGGAGCUGAACGUCGGGGGCAUCGUGGCCGCUGUGCUGGUGACUCUCAUCCUCCUGGGGCUGCUGGUCUUCGGCAUCUGGUUCGCCUACAGCCGCGGCUACUUCGACAGAGCCAAGAAAGGGACCCCUGGCAAGAAAGUGAUCUACAGCCAGCCCUCGGCCCGGAGCCAGGGAGAGUUCAGGCAAACUUCCUCCUUCCUGGUGUGAGGCUGCCUCCGCCCUCCGUUCUCUGCCCACCUGCUCAGGUGCUACUGGACUUUGGCCCGCAGACUGGUUUCUCACAAUGAUGCCUCACUUACUGCCUUAGCUAGGAUGUCACACCUCUCUCCUCUCCCCAUACCGCUUCCUCUCCUGACAUCACUGUGGACUUGUCCCCCGUGGGGAUGGGGGACCGAGCUGCUCGUGGACCCUCCUCCACAUACCUGGUGGGGGUGACGGGUGCUUAGCAAACAUCUGCACUGGGGGCUUCGGCUGCUUCCUCCCAUACAGCAGGGGCGCCUGGGACCCUCCUGUCUCAGGGAGGCCGUGCCCUGGUCUGGAGGGAAACGGGGACUGCUCUGGGCAUCUCAGCCUCCUGGAGCGCCCCCCUGCGGAAGGAAGCAAAGGGACCAGCCACCGCCCAACCUCCGGCCAGCUCAGGUCUCGGCUGUAGCUCAUGGACAGACCCAGCGAAGAUGUGUCUUCAGAUGCUGGGGACAUGUGCCCUGACUCUUUCUGAGCGUGUGUGUGUGUGUGUGUGUGUGUGUGUGAGAGAGAGAGAGAGAGAGAGAGAGAGAGAGUGCAUGGGUGUGUGUGCCUUUGGGUGAUUGUUGUAUAUUGAAAAUAAAAAUCUUGGUUU